AUGACGGGGAUAGGUACUGAGUGUUUCUGGAAAUUUGAAGGUAAAUAACUCUAUCAAUACUUAAAAGGUUAAUAAGUACAAUAUGCUGGCUUUUAAGAAAAAAAAUACACAUUUUCACAAUAACUGAAGGGCUGUAAUUCAUGUUUGUUUUCAGGUAACUCCAAAGAGUCAAACACCCAAAAUGACUCUAGAGGAGCCCAAAGAAGACGACCAACCCUGUGAUGAACAAGACGACAUGGAGAAAUAAAGUAAGUAAAGCUUGAUGAAUGUGUCUUAUAUCAUCAAACUGUUGUCUUGGUGUGCUGUCUUAUUCAUAUAGUUGGUCUCUUUUUAUUUACCAAUUGCAGCAUCAUGCCUAGAAAGGAGAGGAGAAGAAGGGAAACAGAAAGGGAGCUACAGCAGGCAGCCCAGGGGAGCAGCUCUCUACUCUCCUGGAUAAAAGCAUCCACCAGCAGCAAGGAGGAAGAUGAAGAUGAAGAUAAAAGGUCAGAGUCAAGAGUCAUGUUCACUGUUUAGGGCAUUUUAAAGCUCAGAUUUUGAAGUUGAACUGUUCCUCUAAUUUGACUGAAAUAUCUUAAAAGCUGUCUACACAAAGUGGUUUGGCUGUACUAAAUUAGGCAUUAAGCUAUUUUAGCUAAUGAUAUUAUUUUGUACCAACAAGUUAUUUCCAUGUUACAAGACUUGCAGUAAUCUUGUAUUUACCUUUAUAGGCUAUAUUCAACCUUAGAAAAAUAGACUAAAACUAUUAUUAUUCUAUUCUAGGCAGCUACAGCAGGGAAGCAGUCGACCAACGACCAGCAUGAUUCUCCAGAGUCAUCUACAGAUAAAGACGAGUCCAUAG